CCCCGGCCGUGGGGCACUGCACGCUGGGAGUUGUAGUCCUGAUUGGCAGCACCCGGAAGUUCCUAAGGGCAUGGGAUUCUAGCCCGUCCUUAUCGCUCCGGGAGGUCACAUUCUUUAGCUGCUCCCUUGCGUUCUGUCGGGCGGAACCUUCAGUGAGCACGGCUGGAUUUGUCUGUGCCACCGUCUCUCUUCUAGGUUUCAAUAAAGUUUUCCUCCUCUUCCCCUUGUACGGAGCUCAAGAUGGCGACCUCCUGGUCGCCCUUGCUUAUUCUGCGCUCCUUAGUGCAGAGGCGGCUAAGAAGAUGUGUUGGGUGCGGGGAUUGGGCCGCCGCUCUCGUCCCUUCGGCUGCCGCCCCUGGGAAGCCCCUUUGGAAAGCCUAUACAGUUCAGACAUCUGAGAGCGUGCCCCUAGCUGCUGCGACAGAGGCUUAUUUGAAAGCUUUGGCUGUUUGCCAUGGACCUCUGGACCACUAUGACUUUCUGAUCAAAGCCCAUGAGCUAAAGGAUGAUGAACAUCAAAGAAGAGUCAUGCAGCGUUUGCAGAAAUUACACGAGGACCUUAAAGGAUACAGUAUAGGGACAGAGGGUCUUUUUUCAAAGCUUUUUUCAAGGAAGAAACCUCCAAGGGGCCUGUAUGUUUAUGGAGAUGUUGGUACAGGAAAAACAAUGGUGAUGGACAUGUUUUAUGCUUAUGUGGAAGUGAAGAGGAAAAAACGGGUUCAUUUUCAUGGUUUCAUGCUAGAUGUACACAAAAGAAUACAUCGCCUUAAACAGAGCUUGCCAAAAAGGAAACCGGGAUUCAUGGCUAAAUCGUAUGACCCAAUAGCUCCCAUAGCUGAAGAAAUCAGUGAAGAAACUUGCCUCUUAUGUUUUGAUGAAUUUCAGGUCACUGACAUUGCUGAUGCCAUGAUUCUGAAACAGCUUUUUGAAAAUCUGUUCAAAAACGGGGUCGUCGUUGUGGCAACAUCCAACAGGCCACCGGAAGAUCUCUAUAAAAAUGGACUCCAAAGAGCUAACUUUGUACCAUUUAUAGCUGUCCUGAAGGAAUACUGUAAUACAGUUCAACUAGAUUCUGGGAUAGAUUACCGGAAAAGGACACUUCCUGCUGCAGGAAAACUCUAUUACCUCACAAGUGAAGCUGAUGUGGAGGCUGUCAUGGAUAAGUUGUUUGAUGAGCUGGCUCAGAAACAAAAUGAUUUAACUAGACCAAGGAUUCUAAAAGUGCAAGGCAGAGAGCUGCGGCUGAAUAAAGCCUGUGGAACCGUUGCCGACUGCACAUUUGAAGAGCUGUGUGAGAGACCACUUGGGGCCAGUGACUAUUUGGAACUGUCAAGGAAUUUUGAUACAGUAUUUUUACGAAACAUUCCACAGUUUACCCUAGCAAAGAGGACUCAAGCUCGAAGAUUCAUAACACUCAUCGAUACCUUUUACAAUUUCAAGGUGCGCAUGAUUUGCUCUGCAUUGACUCCUCUAUCAAGCCUAUUUCUGCAUCAACAUCAUGACAGUGAGUUGGAGCAAAGCAGAAUACUGAUGGAUGAUUUGGGGCUGAGCCAGGACGCAGCGGAAGGACUUUCCAUGUUCACUGGGGAAGAGGAAAUCUUUGCAUUUCAGCGCACGAUUUCCCGACUCACAGAAAUGCAGACUGAGCAGUACUGGAAUGAAGGGGACAGAAACAAAAAGUAACUGUCACUUUUGCAUGAAUAAAACUCUGGACAAAUGAUUAAUGUGGGGAGAACUGUUGCAGGAGUUGAAAGAAUCAUUUUCUCAUCAUUAAUUAUGCACUUUGUUCUGUGGACCAUUUUUAUCUAAAAUUGCUGUCAAAGAUGUAGUGGAUUAGUAAGUUAAAGCUAUUUUCAUAGGUUACUUUUUUGCCAUUUAUUUGGAGUUAAUUCUGCACCACAAAAUUAAAAUCAGCACUCCAGAAGACUAAUGUAGGACCAGACUUUUUAGCUUUAUGUUAAGCCACCUGAAUGAACCUGGAGUGCACAAACACCGGUGAGCACAGUGUGUUUGGAUGUCUCCAAGGUUUGGCUACACGGUGGUCGCGUGAUAGAAACACAUCUUUCAUGAAAGGAAGAAAGAGCCCUACAUUUCUAUUCAAGACAAAGAAAAUGUUCUGAUUUAUUACAACUAGAGUGAAUCAUGUCUUAGAAUAUGGAUUAUAAUAUGGUCUUUUUGGUAUUAACUAUAAUAAACCUCCCAGGCCUUCAGGUUCCCUUGCGGUGGAGAGUAUGUCUUUUACCCUGAGAGCAAGCUUCACAGGCAGGACCUGAUCUCAAGCCCACCCAGAGUU